UUUGAAAUACGGUUAGGAGAGUGCGUGUUAUCUUUUCUCCUCGCCAUUAGACGUCCAGGUUUGGUGUGUCAUUGGUUGCAGCCCAGAGCUGGCACCAGCUCAAAGGGGAUGUUUAGAAAUGCAAUCCAUAUGGUGGCACUAUAAAAUCUAGCACCGACCACAACCAAAGACCAAGAUCUGCUAAGGACGCCAGCAUAGCAUCAAUCCGAAAACCACCUUCUCCGCAGCAUCUGAAGAUUUUUGCUCUCCAGAACGUCAGGAGGACCAGGACCAGUUGCUUAAAAGGGGGAGGUCCUGUCAGGUUGGAUAUGAAUAUUUUUUGUCAUGCUUUGUUCCUGCUUCUGCUGGGAGUCGUUUCGUGCCAGAACAACAAUCGCAAUGUCAAGCCAGGAGGAAAACCUGCAAAGAAGCCUAACAACCCAGCCAUAGAGGCAACCCAGCAUGGCCCUGAAGCAGACCCCAACUCUGGGCUGGCUGGUGCUGGCGAUUCCAGUAAAGAAACAAAUCCUGGAGGCCGCGGCUCCAGCCAACAAAGCGCAUCUGUCAACAAGCCUGCUGAUGACAUGAAGCUGCACUUUCUUAAGAACACAGCAGUGACAUGCAAUGAUGGUACUGCUGCUGGGUUCUACCUAAAGGAGUUCAAAGGAAGUAAGAGAUGGCUGAUAUUUUUGGAAGGUGGUUGGUGCUGCUACAGCAAAGAGACCUGCGAUUCCAGAUACAAAACUAUCCCCCGUCUAAUGGGUUCAACUGACUGGCCACAGACACGCAGAGGGAGUGGUUUAUUAUCAGCGCAAGUUGAUGAAAAUCCACACUGGUAUAACGCCAAUAUAGUAUUUGUUCCCUACUGUUCAAGUGAUGUGUGGAGUGGCAACAAAGCAGCAUCGAAACCCAAACAGGGAAAAGAAACAGAAUAUGCUUUCAUGGGGUCUCAGAUCAUUCGGGAGGUGAUCAAAGAUCUUGUCCCAAAAGGACUGAAGCAAGCCAAAGUUGUGAUGUUGGCAGGAACAAGUGCUGGAGGAACAGGCGUGCUGCUGAACAUUGAUAAGGUCUCCAGUCUUCUGGAGCAGCAGGGCGCUGAGGCUCAGGUGCGCGGUCUAGUCGACUCAGGCUGGUUUCUGGAGAGCAAACAGCAAAAAGUUCCAGACUGUCCCGACAGUGCCUCCUGCACCCCUGCAGACGCAAUCAAAAAAGGGCUUAGAUUGUGGAAUGGUGUUGUUCCGGAAAAGUGUAAGCAGCAGUAUAAAAGAGGCGAAGAUUGGCACUGCUUUUUUGGACACAAGCUGUACUCCUAUAUAAGUGCUCCGCUGUUUGUGGUGCAGUGGCUGUUUGACGAGGAACAGUUACGAGUGGAGAACAUUUAUAUGGGCAGCCAGUCUCUGUCAGAGCAGCAGUGGACCUACAUGCAGAACCUGGGGAAAGAGUUAAAAAACUCUCUCAAAGACGUGACGGCCGUGUUCGCCCCCUCCUGUCUUUCCCACACUCUGAUAACCAAAAGUAACUGGACGGAUUUCCAAAUCAAAGGCACAUCGCUCUCCCGUGCUCUGCAGUGCUGGGACAGAAGUUUUCAGGAGGCCAAUAAAAACAGCAAAACUGCGCUCAAGGGCUGUCCCUUUCAUCUCAUCGAUAACUGCCAAUGGCCACAAUGCAAUCCGACCUGCCCGGCCCUGAUUGAUCAGGCCACACAACAGGAGAUGACUUUGCUCCAGGUGCUAGCAAGUAUGGGCCUGGACCUGCAAAAACUCGGCUUGGAUGUAAGAGGCGACAUUUCAGCUGGAAUGGUCAGCAAUGGUGGCUAAAUUAACCUUAGUGCUCUUAUCGACCCAGUUCACCUCAUCCCACACUUUAGAGACUGUUCAGUGGCUUCCUCUCUGGCCACUUCCAGAGAUGGGACUGGUUUGUCUAGUGAACAUCUCACUGGAUUUCAGUACCGACAAAACCGCGUUCGAUCAACAGCAAUGAUUUCGGGGUCUCCAAGUGAGUGACUCUUUAUAGUUAGACACAGUAAUUGAAUGGUUAUCACAACUGCUAAAAAAAAA